AUGAUAACUGUUGACAAUGAAAGUUUUGAAGAAGCACCAACUUGGGCUGCCGUCAUUACUAUACUCAGUUUUGCUUUACAUACUGCCCUUGGAUGGUUACGUGAUAUUCUUCGUUAUAUUGGCUUGGAAGAGAAAAAACUUGUUAUAGAUCCAAACCCAAAGGAUUUUGUACCACUCUAUCAAAGUUUCGAGUGCUUCUAUACACGCAAUCUCUAUAAACGUGUUCGUGACGUAUUCAAUCAACCAAUUGCGAGUAUGGCUGGACCCAUAGUUGAUGUCAUGGAACGUGUUACAGACGACUACAAUUGGACAUUCAGAUUUACUGGCAGAAAAAUACCGGCCAUCAAUUUGGGUUCAUACAAUUAUUUAGGUUUUGCCGAAAAUCGAGGUCCAUGUACAGAACAGGCUAUAAGAUCAAUUGAAAGAUAUGGUGUUACGACUUGUAGUACUCGUCACGAAUUAGGAAAUCAACAGUAUAUGAAAACUCUUGAAGGAAUGAUGGCAAAUUUUCUAGGCGUUGAAGAUUGUAUUGCUUUUGGUAUGGGCUUUGCUACAAAUGCAUUGAAUAUUCCCGCAAUAAUGGGCAAAGGUGAUCUUAUACUGAGUGACAAACUGAAUCAUGUUUCAAUUAUUCUUGGUGCUCGUUUAUCUGGCGCAUAUGUUCGAACAUUCAAUCACAAUGACAUGCAAGAUUUAGAGUGUCAAUUACAUGACGCCAUAGUUUACGGUCAAGCAAGAAAAUUUCGACCAUGGAGAAAAAUUCUAAUUAUUGUUGAAGGCAUCUACAGUAUGGAAGGCUCGGUGUGUAAAUUGCCUGAAAUAAUUGCCCUUAAGAAAAAAUACAAAGCCUAUUUGUAUGUUGAUGAAGCUCAUUCAAUUGGUGCUAUUGGUUCACAUGGUCGUGGUGUUGUCGAUUAUUGGAAUAUUGAUCCGAAUGAUAUUGAUAUACAUAUGGGUACAUUUACGAAAAGUUUUUGCUCUGUCGGAGGUUAUAUUGCUGGUGAAAAACGUAUUAAACAGUUAGCUUGUAAUGUUCAUUAUUUUCGUCGUCAACUUGUCGAUAUGGGCUUCAUUGUAUAUGGAAAUAAAGAUUCGCCAGUAGUGCCAGUAAUGCUCUUCAUACCGGCUAAGAUUGCAGCUGUCAAUCGAGAAAUGUUGAAACGUGGAUGUGCUGUAGUGACUGUAGGCUUUCCGGCUACGAAGAUAAACGAAUCACGUAUACGAUUUUGUCUAUCUGCUAGUCAUACUAAAGAAAUGCUCGAUCAUGCUUUGAGAGCUUUUGAUGAGGUGGGCUAUCUUACUGGUCUUCAAUGUUCAAAACGAAAACCACUACGUCGUUUAGCUGAACUCAAUCCUGAAGACUAUGUUGAAGAUUAA